AUGAUUAAUGAAACUGUACACGAUGGGAUUCUCGGAUCUGAAAAAGCUCGCUUGGAAGAGCAAAAUAAGACAUUGUUCAGUUUAUUGGAUCUGAUAGUUUCAAUCAAAAACAAACAUACUGAUGAUUUGAUCGUUCACAUAGGAUGUGGCUUCUGGACGAGGAAAGCGCCAUCUGCUGCUAUAGAAUUCAUAAUGCGCCAAAUCAAAGGCAACAUCGACAUGUUGGAAAAGCUCUCGGCACAAAUAUCAAAACAAUCAGAACACUUUGGAAGCAUAGAAGUUAAUCAGGAUUAUUUACAAAAUGAUGAAACGACUUUAACUCUGGUAUUGCCAAUCGUGGAAAUACAGGAAGAUUUAGAUGAGGAUGGAAAUAUUAUCAGCACAAAAUUAAACAAUGAACCUUUUUCCAUGAACUUAAGCAGCGAUGGUGUGUCCGAAAAAACUAGUUCGGAUGUUUCUCAGGUGGAAUUUCAACAUAUUCUGGAUAUCACACUAAAGCCUUGUAACGUCACUAAAGAUGUGGAGGAAAAAAGAGCGAAUUCAGAUGAACAGCUUGAUGAGCUAUUUAAUGAUAUGGGGAUAAUUGUUCAAGGCACUGACUCGGGUGAUAUCACUGAGGAACAUGAGAAUAUUUUAGCCCAAAUAGGCACUAAAGCUACAUUAGAUCCUACGAAUAUCUAUGAGUUGGAGCUUAUUGCAGGUAAAUUUCAAACAGAAGAAAUAUUACUGGAGGAUGACCACGAGUUUGACUACGACUUCGAAUCCGAAGAUGAGCUUUUCGAAAUUGAGUCACAUUCUAACUUCACAUCUGACAUCGACACUUUGAUGCUUCCUGGUAAUUCCGAUGCUAGAACACGUCUACGGGACGAAAUAAUUGCCCACAGAAGACAACGACAGGAGGAGGCGGAGAAAAUUACAAGUAAUGAAACCAGAAGAGUUCGUUUUCACGAUACACUUCAAAUAAAGGAGAUCGAAGAUGUCAGCCAACACUUGCGAAAUAUCGAACAUAAGAAGCAAGGAUUGCUGAGAUUCAAGGAAGCCAAACUUUUACUGGGGGAACAUCUGUCAUCGAUAGACAUACUUGAGCAAAAGUACGAUUCAUCGACAUUGACAUCGACAGAUCACCAUACAGUUUCUCAGCUUGAAUCGAUUCUGCAGCACUCAAAAGAAGACGAAGUUAUGUCGGAUGUUUCGGAAAGAACUUCUUUCCAUUCAAAUGAAAACUCCACUCCGAAAUUGAAUUGCGAGGCUCGUGUCAGUAAGUUUCGAAAAAGCAUAGCGUCGAGAGAAACUAGCCAAGCUGCUUCACUGAAUACUCAUACACAAAAACUGAACAAAACUUCAAGCUCUUUGUCUUUCGAUGAUAACCCUAAAAGAGUUUCAAAUCUUCCCGUUGUCGAUUCAGAUAUUAAGAAAAAAAAUACAUUCAUAGAUGUUCAACACUCAACCUCCAAUACCAUCGAAGAUGAAAUAUCCAGAGACCAGAUGAAUAAAUUAGUACAAGCAUAUCAUCACGGAGAAUUUGAUGACGAUCUCAAUUUAACAGGUCCAGUUGUUAACAAAUUGGAUGACUUUAGCUUGUUGAAUAAAAUUAUUGAGUCUAUGAACGAAAAGAGCCCCGAAGUUUCACACGUAUCUGGGUUUAUUGAAACAGAAAUUGAGCCAGACGCAGCUGAUGAACUUGAAAGUUCCUCGCCAUACUCUAGUGACGAGGACAUUAUAACUGAUUGUAUCAUUGAAAGGGAAGAAGAAGAUUUCAAGGAAGGAGAUACCUAUCAUACCGACCAAGUACAACAGGAUGUCAUCGACAGGGAAAUUGCUGAGCAGUAUCACCGUUUGAAGAAAAAACUCUUUACUACGGACAAACAUACCCCUCAAGAAUUUGAGUAUGAUGAUGAAGGAACCAUGAGCAAAUUUAAAUCCAGGCAAUUGCGAAUGGAUUGA